ACACUUAAGGCAGUCUCAAGAAGCUGCUGGAAGAGAAAAGAACUGUCUGCUUCUAUCCUGCCUUCCCCAAAUCUGAGCACAAUGAAUUCACCUCAUCUGUGUUGCAGUGAGCUUGAAUGAUGCGGGUCACCUGAAACUCAAGGAUCUUAAGGUGUCAUCGAUUUGCUGGAUGCCCUGGGGUCCCUGGGGAAGCCCCCUGGAAACUCUGCGGUUUCCUCUCCUGCCUUCUUCAUCUGUCCCACUCCGUGGGCUCCGGAACUGUCGAAUCCCAUCCCGCUCAAAUUCGAGAGCUGAACUCCAGGCGUGUGUUUUCCCUCGCAGCAAGUGACCAGCCAGGGUGUGGGACUAAUGAUGGGAAGUCUCGCGCAUAGGAUGAAGCUGGCUAGCUCCUGGAGCGUGACCCGGUUCCGGGCUUGUGAAAGUCACACUGUGUCCUGGAGGGACGGGCCUGAGGGGCAGAGUUCCUGGGGCGAGCGCGGCCGUGGCGGGGCUCCGAGGGCUGAAGGCUCCGGGAGCGGCGGCUAAGGCGGUCAGGCUUCUUUGUCUUCGCGCCCUCCCGCCGGGUCACUCAGACACGCAGGGCAGCAGUUUCCCCAGAGGCGUCGGACCUGGCUCAGGCUCCCUAAAGGCACCUCGGCCCACGCCCAUAUCCCUCUCGAGCUACCACUUGGCUCACUUGCUUCCCUGCUCCAGGCCAGCCUCACCCCUUCGGGGUCCGGCCCAACAGCUCUCCAGGAGCUCAGUCUGGCUCCCAAACCGGAAGUCCGAACGGGCUCCGCGGGACCCCAAGAGCGCAUGCGCGGUGGCAGCUCUCGCGCCUCCCUCUACGCGCGCCGGCUGGGUAGAGAAAGAGUGGGUCGUCAGAGCCCGCGCACUUCCGGGACGCGACUCCGGGCUUCCCACGCCAUGCUUCUACUCCUUCAGCUGAGGGGUCCUGCGAGCUGACUGACUGACCCGCGCUGGUUCUUCUAUAGGGAAGAGCGCUCCGCCCUGGAGAGGUGCUGGAGGAGAGGGUGACGUGUCCAGGCUCUCCCAAAUCCGCUAGGGGAUGAUCCACGAACUGCUCCUGGCUCUGAGCGGGUACCCCGGGUCCAUCUUCACCUGGAACAAGCGCAGUGGCCUGCAGGUAUCCCAGGAUUUCCCAUUUCUCCACCCCAGUGAGACCAGUGUCCUCAAUAGACUCUGCCGCCUUGGCACAGACUAUAUCCGCUUCACUGAGUUCAUUGAACAGUACACAAGCCAUGUGCAACAACAGGAUCACCACCCGUCUCAGCAGGGCCAAGGUGGUUUACAUGGAAUCUACCUAAGGGCCUUCUGCACAGGGUUAGAUUCAGUUCUGCAGCCUUAUCGCCAAGCCCUGCUUGAUUUGGAACAAGAGUUCCUGGCUGACCCCCAUCUCUCCAUAUCACAUGUCAAUUACUCCUUAGAUCAGUUUCAACUCCUUUUUCCCUCUGUGAUGGUUGUAGUAGAGCAAAUAAAAAGUCAAAAGAUUCAUGGCUGUCAGAUCCUGGAGACAGUCUACAAACACAGCUGUGGGGGUCUACCUCCUGUUCGAAGUGCACUAGAAAAAGUCCUGGCAGUGUGUCAUGGGGUCAUGUAUAAGCAGCUGUCAGCCUGGAUGCUUCACGGACUUCUCUUGGACCAGUAUGAGGAGUUCUUUAUCAAACAGGGUCCAUCUUCUGGCAGUGUCAGUGCGCAGGCAGAAGAGGAUGAGGAGGACCUGGGCAUUGGGGGACUGACAGGAAAGCAACUGCGAGAGCUCCAGGACUUGCGUCUGAUUGAAGAAGAGAACAUGCUGGCACCAUCUCUCAAGCAGUUUUCCCUGCGGGUGGAGAUUUUGCCAUCUUAUAUUCCAGUGAGGGUUGCUGAAAAAAUCCUCUUCGUUGGAGAGUCUGUGCAGAUGUUUGAGAACCAGAAUGUGACUCUGAUGAGAAAAGGGUCCAUUUUGAAGAACCAAGAGGACACAUUUGCUGCAGAGCUUCAUCGGCUAAAGCAGCAGCCUCUCUUUAGCUUAGUGGAUUUUGAGCAGGUGGUGGAUGGUAUUCGAAGCACUGUGGCUGAGCACCUCUGGAAGCUGAUGGUAGAAGAGUCAGAUCUACUGGGUCAGUUAAAGAUCAUUAAAGACUUUUACCUUCUGGGACGAGGAGAACUAUUUCAGGCCUUCAUUGACACUGCUCAGCACAUGUUAAAAACGCCACCCACUGCCGUGACCGAGCAUGAUGUGAAUGUGGCCUUUCAGCAGUCAGCACACAAGGUAUUGCUGGAUGACGAUAACCUUCUCCCUCUGUUACACUUGACCAUCGAAUUUCAUGGGAAAGAGCACAAAGAUGGUCUUCAGCCAAGAGAAGGGCCUUCUAGGGAAACUUCUCCUCGGGAAGCCCCUGCCUCCGGUUGGGCAGCCCUUGGCCUUUCCUACAAAGUACAAUGGCCUCUGCACAUUCUCUUCACCCCAGCUGUCCUGGAGAAGUAUAAUGUUGUUUUCAAGUACUUGCUGAGUGUGCGCCGGGUCCAGGCUGAACUGCAGCACUGCUGGGCCCUGCAGAUGCAGCGCAAGCACCUCAAGUCUAACCAGACAGAUGCAGUCAAGUGGCGCCUUCGAAAUCACAUGGCUUUCUUGGUGGAUAAUCUCCAGUACUAUCUCCAGGUAGAUGUACUGGAGUCUCAGUUCUCACAGCUGCUUCAUCAGAUCAAUUCUACCCGCGACUUUGAAAGCAUCCGACUGGCUCAUGACCACUUCCUAAGCAACCUGCUGGCUCAGUCCUUUAUCCUGCUGAAACCUGUGUUUCAUUGCCUGAAUGAAAUCCUAGAUCUCUGUCACAGUUUCUGUUUGCUGGUCAGUCAGAACCUGGGCCCACUGGAUGAGCGCGGAGCAGCCCAGCUGAGCAUCCUCGUGAAGGGCUUUAGCCGCCAGUCUUCACUCCUGUUCAAGAUUCUCUCCAGUGUUCGGAAUCAUCAGAUCAAUUCAGAUUUGGCCCAGCUACUGUUACGACUGGAUUAUAAUAAAUACUACACCCAGGCUGGUGGGACUCUGGGCAGUUUUGGGAUGUGAAAACUUCCAUAACCUCAUAAACAGUCAAUUCCACGAGUUCCCAAAUAUGUAAUAGAAGAUUCAAAACACUUAGCC